UUGAAGGUGAACGUUUGAAUCUUUAGCUCGCGCCCGCCUGUCCUAACGGGAUUUCCAGGAGGCUCUUUGGGGCACAGACGGUUCCCUUUCAGCCCCACAGGCGGCUGCCUCAUUUAUUUAUUUAUUUAUUUAAUGUACACAUUUAGAAUCUAAGACCUGCAGAGCUGGAAGGGACCUUCUGUAUUAUCGGAUCGUCUUUGUUCUGCUAAGGCUCGCACACUUCAGUGGAGUAAGGAGUGAGAGAAGUAACCAGAGGCGUUGGUCUGUUUCUGCAAGCAGUGACAGAAAGCAACUUGUAGCCUUUGGGAAAAGUAACAGAUCUACAGUCGAUCUUACGCAUGUCCUUUUAGAUGUCAUGCCUAUUGGGUUUAGUAGGAUUUACUUCCAGAUCUUGUUGAAGACUACUAGUGAACAUCCAAGAUUGACUGCUCAAGUUCAGUGUCAUGGAUUGUGGAACUCAGUUUAUUGAAACUCUGAAAAGGGUAGGAUAUUCAAAGGCAUAUUUGCUGAAUGGAGAAGACUUUGACUGGUUGUUUGAAACUUUGGAAGAUAAAUCAUUUUUGGAGUGGUUUUGUACAAAUGUGAAUGAGCAGCAUGUAUUAUCUGAAGAUGAGCUGCAGUCAUUUAAUAUUCUUCUGAAGACAUCAAAGCCUGUCUUAGAAGAAGAGGCUGUAGAUGAGGUUCUCAAGACUUGCAAGUCUCUGGAGUUGAACGCCAAUAUUUGUGAAGAAAACGAAGAAGAAAAACUUAAAACUUUAGAAGAUGAGCUUCAGGCCCUUCAGAAGAUGAAGCAGUUAAAGAUUUGUCGCCGCAACAAACUUCAAAUGGAGGCCUCAGCCAAUAGUCUGAUAUCCCUAAAGCUCAAAGAAGGAGCAGAGGAACUGCCUAAAAAUCUGAAAGAGGGCCAGGGACUUUUCACUGCUAUGAAUACAAAGAUGAACAAUGAGCUGCAGUCUCUUAGUGAAGGAGUUGAGAAGCUGAUCUCUUUCUUUAGGGCACCUGAACAACAAGAAUCAGAUCCACACGCUGUGCUGCUGGUCCAGCAUGUUUUAGAUAAAUAUUUGUGUCAAGAAGAACAGAGCACUGCUGCUCUUACUUCCUAUACAAAAAAGCAGUUUUUCCAAGGUAUAGCUGAAUUGGUUGAAAGUUCCAAAGAAGAACAUUUCCAGUUAGUAGAUAUGAAGAAUUCUUCCAUUUCUGAAGAGAGCAAUGAGGCAUGUGAAGAAAGGCUAGAGCUGACUAGGUUGCAGAUGGCAUACGUCUGUGCCCAGCACCAACUGAUUCAACAGAAGGCCAAGAAUCGAAGUAUGAGAGAAGGUCUUCAGUGGGCAGAGGAAAAUAUUUCUUCUUUGAAGAAGACUCCUGGAAAAGAAAAAUUUGAAGCUAGAAUUUCUAGCCUGAAUAAUGAUAUCUCAAAAAUAAAAAAACAUUUGGCUCAGCUAAACCAUGAAACCAUACCUUUGCUGGCAAAGGAAGAUGCAGAACUACUGAACAUGCCUGUGGUCAGAGGUGAUUUUGAUCUACAGAUUGCACGACAGGAAUACUACAUAGCAAGACAGGAUCACAUUUGUAAUCAGUUGAUGAAACAGAAGGCAUCAUUUGAGCUUCUGCAACUGGCUUUUGAAAUUGAGUUGAGAAAACUUAGGGAUAAUAGCCGUUUGCUAGAAAAUUUGAUUCAGGAUCUAAAACAGAGCAACACCACUUUUGCAGAAACCUUAGAAACAAUGUCUGAGCCAUCUAUAUGUCAUCAUAAACUACCAAGAAAUACUAUUGACUCAAAGGAUAAUGCCACACAAAGGUUGUAUCAGCUUCUGGAAGGCCAAGAUUCAAAAGAAUUGUUCAGAACACAUGAUGGUCUUCAGCAGAUGGCUGAAAAAUUGCAUCUAGAUACAACAUCUGUGCUUGAUCAGUUAGCAGUAACUAGUAAAGAACAAAUUCUUCUUCUGUCAAAGAUGGAUGCUGAUGUAAUUUCCCUUCGUGAUUGUAUGUAUUGUGGUGGAGAAAGUGUCUGCCUUAGCAAUCAGGAGCUGGCAGAGCAAUUUGAUCAGUUGGAAUUCCAGUUGAAUAAAUUAAAUCAGCUUAUUAUGGAUUUUCUUGCUGAUAUAAAAACUAAGAAGAAGGUGCUGGAGAAUAAUAAAUUACAACAGAUGGAAAGAAAACUGUACACGUACUUUUUCAAAGAUGAAGAACAUUUAAAGAAUGUUGUGGAAAGAUUGGAGCAACAAGUUAAGGUUCAAGCCAUGUCUUGAAUACAAGAUUUUAUACUUCGAAAUGUUCUUUAAAAUGUUAGAACUUUUGUAUUGAACACUGAAAUGUGCUGGAUGAAGAACAGUGAGAAGGAGGGAAAACCACUGGUCAAGUGUUUACUUGAACAGUUACAUAUCCUGUAGAGGUUCAGAGACAAAAUAACAUUUGGCAAAUAAUCUCAUUGAAAAUUUAAAGGACUAGGAAAUCCCAACUUUGUACAGCAAUUCUAUAUAGAUCUGUUACUUUUUUGUUUAUUGUAUGAUUUUGAAGGAGGAAGUUUGCCAGAUUUUAGUUUACUCCGGAGGUGAAGCAAAAUGAGUAGAAUGCUUCAUUCCCACAAGUUCUUCAGUUCGAUUUCUCCUAGAUCCGAAGACUAACAAUUGCAUCACCACAACCUCUGUAUCAUUAUAAAACUGAUUGCAUAUUGCAUGCACAUAGA